CUCAGUCAUCCGAGAAUCGCGGUGUGGAACGGUCGUCCGAUAGUCGGGAAGAGUUCAUAGUGGCCGGAAUACGAAAAAUAAAUAAAUUAAACUGAACAAAGUCAAGAAUUGUGCCAUUAAUAUAUAUGUAUCUAUGCAGGAAUCUAUCAUUUGUUGCAUGUGAUCAAUAGUUCGCCACUUAAUUGUGGCACUUAAGACAAAAAAAAAGCAUAGAAAAUACUAUUAAUAUUAAUUUGCAUUUCCGCAAUGAAGUUGCAGGCGUUGAGUCUGUUUAUACUGUGCUCUGCGCUGGUCGCGCUGCCCCAAGUAAGGCCAGCCAAAAUUCUAGCUGUCUAUGCGUUUCCAGGCAAGAGUCACUUUAUGAUGCACACGGCGCUGAUCAGGGAGCUCAUAGAAAAUGGACACCAAGUCACGAUGAUUGCGGCCUUUUCGCUGGCCUCCCAGCAGCUGGGAAGCAACUACACGGAGCUGCUGAUCGAGCCCGUCUACGAUUUCUGGCAUGAUGUGAAGCUGAACUUUGGAGUACAGCAUCUGUUUGAUCUGACACGCAUGAAUAACUAUGAUUUCCUAAAAAUGCUGGAGAUAAUUGGCCUGAAGACCACGGAGCAUGCCCUACGUCAGCCCCACGUACAGGCCUUGAUACAUGCCAGCCAGACGGAGGGCGUGUUCGAUCUGCUGCUCGCCGAGCAGUUCUAUCAGGAGGCCUUCCUGGCGCUGGCCCACAAGUAUAAAAUACCCAUUGUCACCACCAGCACCCUGGGCUAUGAGAAUCACAUGAGCCAGAUGAUGGGCCUGAUCACACCCUGGUCCUUUGUGCCGCACGGAUUUAUGCCCUUCACCGAUCGCAUGUCCUUCAUGGAGCGUGUGCGCAACACCUAUGUUUCGCUUUACGAGGACUUAGAUAGACUGUUCAACUACUUUCCCAAAAUGGAUGCCAUCACGGAGCAAUACUUCGGGCCAGUCUUAGCUGAGGUGCCCAAGGUCAGGCACAUGGAGACGCAAAUCUCGGUGAUGCUGCUCAACAGUCACGCACCGCUGACAACAGCACGUCCUACUGUGGACGCCAUGGUGCCAGUUGGCGGCAUGCACAUCUAUCCGCCCAAGCCGCUGCCCAUGGACAUGCAGGGUUUUCUCGAUGCGGCAACAGAUGGCGCCAUCUACUUUAGCCUGGGCAGCAAUGUGCAAAGCAAGGAGAUGCCGGCCCAGAUGCUGCAGCUAUUCCUUAAGGUCUUUGGGUCCAUGAAGCAGCGCGUGCUGUGGAAAUUCGAGGACGAAUCCAUUGGUCAGCUGCCACCAAAUGUGAUGAUACGCAAGUGGCUGCCGCAGGCGGACAUAUUGGCGCAUCCGAAUAUCAAAGUGUUCAUCACGCACGGCGGCCUCUUUGGCACGCAGGAGGGCGUGCACUAUGCCGUGCCCAUGCUGGGCAUACCCUUCUACUGUGACCAGCAUCUCAACAUGAACAAGGCCGUGCUGGGCGGCUAUGCCAUUAGUCUGCACUUUCAGUCCAUUACGGAGCAGCUGCUGCGCCACUCGCUGCUGCAGCUCAUCCACAAUGCCAGCUACGCGGAGAAUGUGCAGCGCGUCUCCCGCAUCUUUCGCGAUCGCCCGCUGCCGCCACGCCGGAGCGCCGUCUACUGGAUCGAGUAUGUGAUACGGCACAAGGGAGCACCACAUAUGCGUUCCGCGGGUCUCGACCUAAAGUGGUAUCAGUUCUAUCUGCUGGAUGUGAUAAGCUUUGUGGCAGCGGUUUACUUGGCUGUGCUCCUUCUGCUGCUGCUGGCCUUACGCUUGCUGCGGGGCAGCGGCAAGAAGCAUAGCAAAUCCAAAAGUCAUUAAAUCAUCAUUCAUUCAAUCUAGCUGUAAUUAUUGCCGUCAAAUAAAAAU